GCAGUCGCCGCAGCCACGACAGUCACCAUGAAUAAGGAGGCUGGCGGAGAGGAGCUUGCAGAACUCUUCGGUCUGAUCCCGUCCCUUCUACAGGCGGCCAACAACAGCGGCAACGCGUCGUCGCUGCAGCUCCAGGACUUGUGGUGGGAGCUGGGGCUGGAGUUUACUGACGGCGCGGCGCCGGGGCAUCCCCCGGGCACCGGCGGGGCAGAAAGUGCGGACACCGAGUCCCGGGUGCGGAUCCUCAUCAGCGCGGUGUACUGGGUGGUUUGCGCGUUGGGGCUGACUGGCAACCUGCUGGUGCUCUACCUGAUGAAGAGUAAGCAGGGAUGGCGCAAGUCCUCCAUCAACCUCUUUGUCACCAACCUGGCGCUGACAGACUUUCAAUUCGUACUCACCCUGCCCUUCUGGGCGGUGGAAAACGCUCUCGACUUCAAAUGGCCCUUCGGCAAGGCCAUGUGUAAGAUCGUAUCCAUAGUGACGUCCAUGAACAUGUACGCCAGCGUCUUCUUCCUCACCUCCAUGAGCGUGGCGCGCUACCACUCGGUGGCGUCCGCUCUUAAGAGCCACCGGACCCGAGGGCAUGGCCGGGGCGAAUGCUGCGGCCAAAGCCUGGGGGACAGCUGCUGCUUCUCAGCCAAAGCACUGUGCGUAUUGAUCUGGGCCUCCGCCGCGCUGGCCUCGUUGCCCAACGCGGUCUUCUCCACCACCAUCAAGGUGAUGGGCGAGGAGCUGUGCCUGGUGCGCUUCCCAGACAAGUUGCUGGGCGGAGACAGACAGUUCUGGCUGGGCCUCUACCACUUGCAGAAGGUGCUGCUAGGCUUCGUGCUUCCGUUGUGCAUCACCAGCCUGUGCUAUCUUCUGCUGGUGCGCUUCAUCUCCGACCGCCGUGUGGCUGGGACCGAAGGAGGAGCCUCAGCCGCCCGGGGCGGCCUGGCCACAGCCAGCACCCGGAGACGGUCGAAGGUCACCAAAUCUGUGACCAUCGUGGUCCUAUCCUUCUUCCUGUGUUGGUUGCCCAACCAGGCUCUCACUACCUGGAGCAUCCUCAUCAAGUUCAACGCCGUGCCCUUCAGCCAAGAGUAUUUCCUGUGCCAGGUAUACGCGUUCCCGGUGAGCGUGUGCCUGGCUCACUCCAACAGCUGUCUCAACCCCAUCCUCUACUGCCUGGUGCGCCGCGAGUUCCGCAAAGCGCUCAAGAGUCUACUGUGGCGCAUCGCGUCCCCUUCUCUGACCAGCAUGCGCCCUUUCACGGCCACCACCAAGCCAGAGCCCGAGGAGCAGGGACUGCAGGCCCUGGCACCUCUCCACCGGACCGCGGAGCCUGACCUGGUCUACUACCCGCCUGGCGUGGUGGUCUACAGCGGGGGGCGCUACGACCUGCUGCCCAGCAGCUCCGCCUACUGA